UGACUGCCUCACAGACUGAGAAUCCAGAGUAAAAAUAAUUAAAACCAAUAGGCUUCUAGCUGUUAGCAUUUUCUAUCUUAGCAUGUAUCUUUAUUAUUUCAACAGUAAAUAUACCAUUUCAGCCCACAUCUUCCCUCCUCUAUAGAUAACACGGCACGGUGUGAGGCAUGACAGGGCACAAGCCCUUGUCCCACUUAACAAAGAGCAGCUUUCACACUGAACAUAAAAUCCCAAAUCCCUCUGUGCUAGACUUCAAGUUGAGUUAAAGACAUCAACAUCACUUCACCACCACCAGGGCUGCUGUUCCAGUUACAGUGAAAGGAAAAUCUUAGAGCCCUUGGCCUAUUUUCCAAUGUUUAACCCAGACUAUAAAGCUAUUAGUAAGAUCCCAAAGGGUCUUCGUGGUCCCUUGGUGCAAUAAGGAUUAGUUUCAUUUAAUUUACCAGAGAUUUACAUGGUGGCCAAAAGGCUUUGGCAAAGAGGUAAGCAAACAGCUAAACAAAUUAAUGUUUUUUGUGCCAUAGAGAUUGUAGUUUCCACUUAUUGCCGCUAGGUGGAGAUGUAGGUUUAGUGGUGUGUACAUUUUUAGGCAGUGCUGUCUUGGUUGAUCUCUUUGCUACAGAAUGGGAGGAAGAACAGUGCUGGAUUUGUGAAUGGCCAAAAUGAAGUUGCAUUUUCAGUUUUAGUCACCCACAUCUUGCCUUCAAAUCCCAAAGCAUCAUGGGGCAGCUGUUUUCCUCAGAAGAAGAGCUCUCUCAAUUCCAGGAGGUGAUUGGUGCGAUCUUGUUCGAUGCCAUGUUGGAUGCUGGUGCCGUCCCUAACCUCAGAGUGGUUCACCCUCUGCUGCUGGCCAACUACAGCGAAGGCUCACAAACAGGACCCUCCAUCCAGGAACAAAUGCAUCAGUUGCAGAGAGACAUUGGAAGCCGAGCACCUACCUAUUUGAGGGAUCUGAUUGGUCGACUAUCAGCCUUCACAGAUGAGCCCAGACUGGCUGGUUUGGUGGGGUCAGUGGUUUCGAUGGUUAUAGACAUGGCAUAUGCAUCGUCUAAACCACCAUCCGGGAAGUCCUCUGGCUCAUCCUCUCGACAGAGAGUCUGUGAGCUGCAGGAGCUGAUGGAGGAGUACCUGAAGCGCUGUCGGAUUAACUUGAAUGAUAAAAGUAAAUUAAUGCAGGACACAUCCAGACUGGAGGCCCAGCUCAGUCUGAACCUCACCCAGCUUAAAACAUGUUUGCUUGGAGGUGACUGUGAUUCCAGAUCUCUCAGGCAGUGGGCCAGUGGAGCAGCCUUUCACACCCAAAUGUUGGUACAUCUGGCUGGACUCGACGGUCAGAUGGAGCCCCUGGCUGCAAUGGGUGCACUGUCGCAGUAUAGAGAAGAUCUGGAACAAAUUAUUCCUGUCUAUAGGAAAUAUAAAGCCAGUACAGUCAGUGUGAUGAAAUGUCGAGGCAGUCUUUCAGCUUCAUGUGAAGAGUUCAGUGAUGUACCUGAGGAAGGAGCCAUGACAGGUCUGACUGUAACUGACCGAGAAACUGGAGUGAGCGUGACUAUACCUCUAUGUGACCUGCAAACACAAACAGGGAGAAGAUUAGAGGCUGGUAUGAGUGAUGGUGCUUCCAAUACGUCCAUUAACCUUGACUUAAUCUCAUCCGAUCACUACGCACAAGCUUACCUGCAUCACUUUUUUUCCGACAAGGGACCGGUGUCUAAAGUUGAGAUAUAUUUCACCAAAGCAAAUGACAGUCUGACCACCUUUACGACUAAACCUAACAAGGCUAACAGAACUGGGGAGAGAACUGGGUUAGGACAAGAGAAUGGGGUCCAUGUUACAUACAUUGCAGAGUCAGGGGAAGGUCAAUCAGGGCUUGUGGAGGUCAAAGGUGAAGAGAUGGACUCUACAGAGAGCACACGAAACCCUGAAUCUGGUACACUUGAAAAUAAAAGUCUGAAGCUCAGUAUAGUAGAGACGCUAACCCAGUGUUAGCAGACAUCAGUAGAGUAGCCAGAGUUUGUUCUCAAGUGACCCUUAAAAAUCAGAUUUAUGAUUUUUGACUGAAUGUAGUCUGACAGAUGGAACCUUAAACUAUGCAGAGAUCACUGGAUUUUCAAAGAAUAGACACAAAAAUUAAAACUAAUUGUAUCUGAAGGUAAGGUUUAAGAAGUGCAAAUGUUCAAAUCAUUUAACAUUGUCAACUCCAAGCGCUUAUUCUCCAGAAACUUCUCACAGUGGGAAGAGUAACCUAAAUGUUCUCAACUCAACAUGAAGACGUAAAAGUAUGAUGUCAGAAAACUACUCUCAAAAACAAAAUUUCUUCAAAAGGUUACUCAAGUAAAUGUAACAGAGUACAAAUUACCUCUGAGUGUUUGUCAGCAAGAAAACAAAGGCAUGCAAUAUUGCCUUUUCAUUAAUAAAGGAUGUUGACCAGACUGAUAAAGCAUAGAGGAGUAACAUUGUCAAACGUUAACCAUGAUUACAUUUUUUGAUUGAAUAUUUAUAAUUUAUGAUUAAAUUAUAUAAUGUAUAUGCAACAUGCUUGAAAUGUUAGAUGAUGCCAAAUGAAGAAUAAUAUUUUACAGUUACUUGAACUAUGAUUUUUUUUUUUUUCUUUUUGGUGUGUUUUCCAAUCUUAUAUCCAUAGUUUUUAAGUAACCAUAGACACUAUAAGUAAUUUGAGCAUUGCUAAGUUGCUUAUAAUUUUUUGCUUUUGAAGGCAUCAGUAUGAAUUUUGUAUUGUUUUGUGCAAUUUAAUUACUAUUAUGCUUGUUUGUACAGUAUAAAUAAGUAUAUUCACUGCAUUAUAAGCCUUAUCUUGAUCAUAAUACAUGAAGUGCUGACCUAUGCAAGAAUUUAAGUCAUAGAAGGCUCUUUUCACUUGUGGACUUUGCAAAUGUUGCUUGAAGAACACUGCAAUUUAUGUUUCCAUGGUAACGUGACACUGAAAAUAAUAACUGCAUCAUGCCAUAAAUACAAAUAAAUAAGAUAUGAAAUGGA